CGAAUCAGUGAACUGCAACUGUUAGACAGAGUUCUGACUCAGUGACAAGAGAUGCUGUCCUAACCAAGCCAAUUAACAUGCUUUUAUUGAACUCUCGCGAUUUACUCAAAGGGACUAAAGCAGAUGCUUGUGGGAUGGAUCGGUGUCGCUCGCAGAAGUAAAGGCGCAUUUUAAAAGUGAUGGAAUCUGUUUCUUUACCGAGUCGCACUUUGAAGAGAGGCUGAACAAGUGGAAUGAAGUCGGGUCGCCUUCAGACAGAAUGGAUGAAACAUAGCCUACACUGAAGAACACAAAUAACUGGAAGGCUCCUUAAAAAGGUGGCUGGAGAUUUGAAUGAUUGGCAGAACCUAUUAGAAAGUAGUGUGUAAAGUUACAUCUCGAUGCAGCCACCUCCGAGGAUGAGGAUCAAAUACAUGAUACCCAUUGCUUUCUUUGUGGCACUUGUUAUCAUUGAGAAGGAAAACAGGAUCAUCUCAAGGGUUUCAGAUAAGCUGAACCUAAAGCAGACCCCUGAAACUCCUCUACAUCCUGGUGUUUUCUCCCAUUUAACACUGAAGCACAAUGUUUCCUUCUCCUCACUCAGCAAAGGCUACCAGGUUGUGAAGCGACGCCUUGGAAACUACAGUGAACAUCAAGAGAUGAUGAAGAAAAGAAAAAAACAUGUUCUGCUCUUGGCCACCACCAGGACUGGAUCCUCGUUCGUAGGCGAGUUUUUCAAUCAGCAAGGCAGCAACAUGUUUUAUCUAUUCGAGCCUUUGUGGCAUGUGGAGAAGAUGUUAACUUUAGACACUGGAGGUACCAAUGCUACGGCGUCAGCAAAGGCGUACCGCGACGUUCUCCAGCAACUUUUCCUGUGCAACUUCUCGUUGCUUGAAAGCUUUAUCGACCCACUCCCUGUAAACCAUGUCACCACUAGCCUCUUCCGCAGGGAGUCCAGCGGCUCCCUGUGUGAGGAGUCUGUCUGCAGUCCUGUUGUUAAGGGGGUUUUUGAGCGCUACCGCUGCAAGACAAGACGCUGUGGGCCUCUGAACUUCACCAUGGCAUCAGAGUCUUGCUCUAAGAAAGAUCACAGGGUCAUUAAAUCUGUAAGGGUGCGCCAGCUGGAGAACCUCCGUCCACUUGCUGAGGAUCCACGUCUUGACAUCAGAUUCAUUCAGCUUGUUCGGGAUCCUCGGGCAGUGCUGGCCUCCCGUAUGGUCGCAUUUGCUGCCAAAUACAAGAGCUGGAAGGAGUGGGCCAUGGGUGGCGACGUUCCCAUCGAUGAGGAUGAGGUGAGGAAGCUGAAAGGCAACUGUGACAACAUCCGCCUGUCUGCGGAAGUUGGCCUCAGGCAGCCCCCUUGGCUGCUCAAUAGGUACCUGUUGGUGCGAUAUGAGGACAUUGCUCGCUUUCCCAUGAGGAAGGCAAUUGAGAUGUUCAGGUUUUCUGGAAUUCCUCUCACUCCACAGGUGAAAGCCUGGAUCCUAAAGAACACUCAGGUUUCUAAGGAGACCAGCGGGGUUUACUCUACCCAGAAGAACUCCUCUGAACAGGUGGAGAAAUGGAGGUUCAAUCUACCGUUCAAGAUAGCUCAGAUUGUGCAAAGAGCUUGUGGACCAACACUUAAGCUAUUUGGAUACAAGUUUGUGAGCAGUGAAAAGAUGCUUACAGACAAAUCCAUUAGUCUCAUUGAAGAUAAAGUCUUCAGGGUUAAAUAGAACAAAAUGGAGGAAAAAAUAUAUAGUUUAUUAACUUAUUUUCUUUAAAUGAGACUUGAUGAAAUUAUCAUCAGUUAUAGUUUUAUAAUGAUAUUGUACAGAUGUCAUAUUUCAGUAAAUUUGAAUACAGAGCAGGUUUUAGCUGAUUUUAACGAUGGCAAAACUCAAACUGGAAAUGUUGAAAUCGAUGAGUUGCACAAAAGAAAAAAAAAUUAGUGGAUAUCAAUCAUCUACAUCUUGCAAUGUCACUUUUAAUGUCUGUGUAUUUUAAGUAUUUUAUUUAUUGUCUAUGUUUGGAGUUUAAGUGUUGCUUUUUUUUAUUGACCUUAGUUCUCCUGUUUGGUAAUCUCGUUUGGCUGUAAAGUUCCACUUACUACCUAAUCUGUUGUUAUUCCAAUUUCUACCUUUCAUUGUCAAAUUUGGGUUCCUCUUUUUGUGUUAAUGUAAGUUAUGUUAGCCUCUUUUAAAGCAUCCUCUUUCAUAACUUUAAUGGCAUUAAUUAGGCUCACUUAUUGAUUUUCCCUGUAAUUACUUUCCCUUUUAGUUACAUUAUUCCAUCCUUCAAUCUUUCAUUGCAAGUGUUCACUGUUGUUUUCUCUUCAAGCUACUUACUUCCUCGCUUGUUUCUUUUCGUCACCAUUAGAAUAUUAAUUUCUUCUUUCAAUUCCUUAAUUGAUAUUGAAGCUGCCCAUAUUCCUGGAGUUUUUUAAGCAAAACAACUUCUCUGUUUUUGUGCUAUAGUUUGGGUGGUGGAGGACUUAUAAAACCAUGCCAUAAACUCAUCCAAAAUUUGCCAGGACAAUUGAGAUCUGGGAAAAAAAAAAAAAAAAAAAAAAAAAAAAAGAAAACAAAAAAUGGCAGCAGGAUUCUUUAAUGUCAUUGCACAAAACGAAGCCUGAUACAAUACUUCAUAGUACUUCUCUGCUUUUGCUGAGUAAGAAACACAUUUAGUUACAGCUAAUGUGGUUUAAACAACAUAAUGUGGAGCAGUAACUUUGAAGUUGUUUAGCUGGGAAACUGCAGGUCUCCAGUUAAAGUGUAGAUGGUUGAUAUCAACUAAAACAUUACAUCCUGUUGGAAUAAUUAUUUAUUUUCUUUCAGUUUUCUUUCAAAAUGCGAAGUUCAACUAGAACAGAUAAAUCCCUCCACUGAUUGGUUUGAACUAUUUGUAGAUACUGUUAUACCUUCUGUUCACUGAGGCUGUAUAUGAUGUUUUAAAGGUGCAGAAAACUAAGUGUUGUAUUUAUUUUCUAACAUGUUUUAUGUGCUUUUAAAAAAAUCUUUAUUAGUUCAUAACUUUAUAGAUAACCUCACUAGAACCUUACAUAAAACAAUCUGUAAUAUUCCUGGAAAACCUUUUUGCAUCAAUGAUUUUUAUUGUGGUCAGUCAACAUAAAGCAAAUGUAGAUUGUCUUCAUAUUUAAAAAACAUUUGAAACAGUUAAACCAAAAGUUAUUUUAUUUAUUACAAAACUCUAUCACACUCAAAGCUGGAUUACUGUUUUCUUUUUUUAAUGCACUCCAAACUAUUGUGUCCAUGUAAAAAAAAAAAGUACUGCAAACUGUUGUCUUUGUAUUUGAUAAAACUCCAAAUUUGAUAGCUAUGGUUUUCUGAACAUGUCUUUGUGGGGUUGUUUCUUUAGAUGCUGUAGAGUUAUUGCUUCAAAGACACUCAAAAUCAAACUUUAUUUAAAUAACAAUGAUCUUUAAAAAUUGAGAGAAAAUAAUUGUGUCUUUAUCUUUUGACUUAAGCAAGUAUUAUCUCUUGCAAAAGAUUUAAUGUUUCUUUUUCAAAAUUUCUGAAUGUGUUUUCUUUUCACCUUAUUUAAUAAAUCUGUAUUUAAAGUUGUUAAAGAUAAAUUUGCUAUUUUGCUGUAAUAUUUUUUAAAUAUUCUUUAGGUGGAAAGGAACACCUGAAACAGAUGUUGCUACUCUACUGUAAGCUAACAUUCCAACUGCAGCUGGUUUGCAGGAUUGUGCAAGAUUUGUCGACAGGUCUGUGGCUGUUGACACAAGUCUCUUGGCAGGUGUUGAUAAGGGGCCGCAGUAUCAUGGUCUCUAUGAUCAGAUGUUUGUUGCAAUAAAUUUCAAUAAUAAAUCAUUUGUAAAUGUCAGUUUUGUAAAAAAGAAAAAAGGAAACAGGUGGAAAAGAAACUGCAAGCAAAUCUGGGAAAGUCUAUAGAUUUUUUCCAUCUUCUAAUCCGCAGUCUUUAAGUCUGAUCAGUCCAUUUUAAAGAACUAUUAAUUCAGUAUUUUUGCUCAACAGCUGCAAAGUGAGCAUCUUUCCCCUGGAUUAAGUAAGCUGUAACAUUUCUUUAUUAAAAACAUUGUUAUAAUUUAAUUUCUAUAGAAAUAUGCAUGAGUUUUACCCUUUUAAAUUAAAAAUUAUUUAAGUAAAAUGUUAUCUAAUGGUGCUUUUCUAAUUUCCUUAGAUGCACCUAUUGCUUAUCCUAAAAUUAUUAUGAGUUUGGUGUUUAAAAAUAAAAGUAGCUGUGGUGUGAAAGUGGGUUGCAAAGGUAGAAUUGAGUCCAGAAUAGCAAAAGUAAAACAGGAAAAACGAAUGAAUGGCUCAUUUACUGAAAAAAAUGAGAAGCUAUGGCUGUAAAAGCCCUUUUUUCAUGAUUUGUUUUUAGCAUUGUCUGAUUUUAUUGCCAUGUUUAUCUAUGUUGGUCUAACCUGUCCCAAGUCUGGGUGUAGAUGCAUGCUGUUCAGUGUGGACCAAGAUUUUUUGUUUGUUUUAAUUGGCUUUAGCUACUGAACAAACACUAAAAAGUUAAAACAUCCUUAUACAUUUAUUUAACGUUGGACCUUUUAUAUAAAACUUUAUAUGUCCUCUUGUGGGGGAAUGACCAAAGUCAGAGAAAUUCCUCCCCAUGUGAUCACCACUCCAGUAGUUUCCAACCUUUUUAAAGAUUCAAACACCACAACCACAAGUCAGGCAUUAAGAUACUAUUUAAAAAUACCGAAUCAAACAAAAUUAAAAGAAACAGCAACAAGUGUUGAGAUAUACCAAAAUCAACAAAUAUGCUACAGUGAAAGGGAUGGUUUUUAAUUCUUCUUCCUCUUUAAUCCUGUAGAAAAACAAAUGUUAGAGCAUUCAGCACCAAGCUGGUAGGAAACUGCAGACAGCUUCCCUCGCUGCCAGUGUGUUUACCACUGUGGGCCCAGCUAUUUAAAUCUUCUAACCUAGUAAUUACCCCAACUUUACAUAUAGUGUGGUCUAAGCCAUUUUGGUCCACCUGACCCCACCCGCUCACAGAACUGCAACAUUUAUGCAGUCUUUCUCUAACUCUAAUCCUGCUUUUCCUCUUAUUACACCAGAAAAUUAUAUAUUUGACUUAAAAAUCAGGCAUUUAUUCACAGCAGAGCUGUACAACUUCACAGCACUUUAAGAGUUUAACUCAGAAUAACUAGAUCAUUGUCUAAAUGCAGUGUUUUACCUUUUUUUUUUUUUCAAGGAAAAAAAUUAUUUUAGGUUUUCUGUAUAAGCAAACCUUGCAAGAAGAGGUUCAGCAUUCAUAAACUUCUUUGCUGGUGUGACUUCAUGUGGGAUGUGUUGAGGGUGGGGUGGUUGCUUGGUUGGAGCAAAUAUAGAAUAACCACUUUCCACUGAAUUGAAGCCUUCUCAGCCCCCCUCCUCAGCCAUUAAAUGAGAGCAUUGAGGUAGACCACACCCUCCUACUUUUUUGUACUGCUCUGAGCAGCAUCAGCUGUGAGUAGCUUGAAAUAUGCAGUACGGAAAUUGAGUUCCAGCAUUCUCAGAGAUGCAUAUAAAAUUCAUGGUGCUGUGGAAGAUAAUGAUGGCUGAGGAGAGGAGAUAAUUCUAAAUACAAAGCAAAUUAUCACAUUGUGAGGAAUGCACUUCAUAAAACUCAAGUUGUUGCAUGCGAUAAUGAGUGACUGAGCUAAAUGCAGGAAGGGAAAUGAACACGCCAGACUCACAGCACAGAACUAAAAUGACUGAAGAAAAAUGUUGCCAUUUUAUAUUCUGAAUGUAAGGUUUUGUUUUAUUUAACUCUUUUAUGGCAUUUUUUCAACCCAUAACAAACCUCUGUUUAGACAGUUGCCUGUGUUUUGGCAGUUCUUUGAUUCAUUUAUAUGUAGAGAGCAAUUCCUGGCUUCUGUCACACUCCAGGAAAAAAACAUACAAACAAAACCUGUGGUGUAUGAGGCAGUACACUGCUGAUGUACCA